ACAGCGGCAGGUGCUACCUCUCCACAGUCUGUCCUGGUGCCUCCUCCAGGGGCUAACUCAGACCAGAAGCAGUUUCCAGCCUCCCAAGAGUAACAUGAAGCAACGUACACGUAGGAAACGCCUGUUGCUGUGCAAAGUUCAGAAUCAGCCCAUUUCUGAGAACAGGAAAGUGAAACUAAAUUCCUCCCUUCUCUGCAGAAGCAGCCAUGGCUGCUGCGAAUCCAGCACAACAGCUGCUAGGUGAACUGACUUGUUCAGUGUGUCGAGAUUAUUUUAAAGACCCAGUGUCUCUAGAUUGUGGGCACCAUUUCUGCCAAGCCUGCAUCACUCAGUGCUGGGAGGGAUCGACUACAAACUUCCGCUGUCCCGAGUGCAGAGAAACCUUUUCCCAGAGAAACUUCAAAGCAAACAGACAGCUGAGGAAUAUUGUAGAAGCUUCCAGAAAACUGACACUGGAGUUAACAAAAGAACCAGAAGUUGGGACAGUGUGUGGCAAACACCAGAGGGCUUUAGACGUCUUCUGCCAAGAGGAUCAAACACCCAUUUGUCUGGUUUGCCACCUGUCCCGAGAUCACAGAGAUCACACGGUGGUUCCCAUAGAGGAGGCUGCUGAGGAUUACAAGGACCAAAUUCGGAGCCGUUUGGAGAGUUUGAAGAAAAACAGAGAAGAGAUUCUGUCAUUUAAACUGAGUGGGGAAAAUAAAAGCCAGGAACUGCUGAAACAACUAGAAACUGAGAAGCAGAAGAUUGUGUCUGAAUUUCAGCAACUGCGCCAGUUUCUGGAGGAACAAGAGCGACUCCGGCUGGCCCAGCUGGAAGAGCUGAAUAAAGAAAUUGAAAAGGGGAGGGCUGAGUAUGUUGCCAAACUAUCUGAGGAACUCUCCUCUUUCAGUUCCCUGAUCAGUGAGAUGGAGCAGAAGUGCCAGCAGCCAGCCAGUGAAUUCCUGCAGGACAUCAAAGGCACCGUGAGCAGCUUCCAGCCAUUGCUCCUUGUUCUGCCUUUGUUUGCUAACCUGAGGAUCCCUUUAGUACCAAACUCACUGUCGUCUAGACUGCGGUUGGAGAAAGCGAACGUGACUCUGGAUCCAGACACGGCCCAUCCCGAGCUCACCGUGUCUGCGGAUCGGAGAAGUGUGAGAUGGGGAGACACACGGCAGCACCUGCGCAACAACCCUGAGAGAUUUGACACUGCGCCCUGUGUGCUGGGCUGUGAGGGAUUCACCUCCGGCCGACACUACUGGGAGGUGGAGGCGGAGGCGGGGGUGGGGUGGGGAGUCUGUGCUGUGGGGGUGGCCAGAGAGUCUGUGAGCAGGAAGGGACGGAUCAGCCCUAACCCUGAGCAGGGGAUCUGGGCUCACACGUCCCCUGUGCAGCGCAUCCGCUUCCUCCGCUUCCCCCCGAGCCGGGCGCCCCGCAGGAUCCGGGUGUAUCUGGACUAUGAACAGGGGCAGGUGGCGAUUUUCGAUGCUGGUACCGGGGACCCGAUCGGCACUUUCCCGCCGGCCUCUUUCGCCGGGGAGAGAAUCCGCCCGUUCUUCCAGGCUGGUGUCUGGGCUCUUGGUCGUUCUAGUUGUAGUGUGCGGCUCCUCUAGCCCCCCUCUAUGGCCGGGGGUGAAGGGGGGGUGACGCUCUACCCGUAGCUCUAUGGCUGUGGAGGUCUGUGUGUGGCGCUCUAGGAUCGGACUCUAUGCUCCUGGGAGGCCAACUCUGUGUGCAGUGGGGGGGUCCCACCAAGGAAGGAGGGAGCCCCCCUGUGGGAAGGACCCUGCCAAGGGCCAGAAGAGACCCCUCAACUGGGGGAGGGGCUGGCUGAAGA